AACCCUCCAGGAGCAGGUCAUCCACUAUCACGAUUUGUCUGAGACAACUAUCACAUACCAAGGCUUACCUUCAUCAAUAUAGUUGAGUUAACUGCCACUCGAGCACUCCAAAAUCCACUCUGGAAAGAAAAGUCAUGACUUUCUAUCUUGGAAUUUCUAAUGAACGCCAGGUUCGGAACUAUGUUCAAGAGGUACUGUACUUGUUUCUGAAACCGAGCAUUAUUAUGAUGAAAACGGACGAGCUCAAGUUUUCCUUCGAGGAUCCACACAAAGGUCUAGAUAAUGGCACUCCAUGGGCUUCGAAACAGAUAUUCGGGCCCAAAAGCCCAACAGAUGCUUCCGGAACGAAGAAAGGAAGUACUGUGCCCCAAGACAGAGAGACUGAUGGAAUGGAAGGGAUCAGCAGUAAAAUGUUCAUGCUCAAUAAUCUUAGAAACGAUGACUAUCAUUGUCUCUCUUCUAGCUCUCGUGGGGAUCACAAGUGCCGGGAACUACCUUCUACAAGGCCGUGCAACUACACGUCAUGAGGAGGCAUUGUUGUCCGCAGGAGCCAACUCAACGCGUUGCUGAUGCCUAUUAUUGGGGCGUUGAGGGACUCCGAAACUGCUGAAGGCUUGAAGUAUGCCAAGUUGGACAAAUUCCCUUAGCAGAAUCAUCUCGAGCAUGAGGUUGAUGGUAUGAAGUUCUCAGAUGCGGGAGUUUGUGACAUCUCAGUGGGCACUUUUCUUGCUCACACGUCGACCAAGAUUUCAGCUUUAGCUGUCAAGUACCUUGCAGAGAAUCCAACCAUUCUGCAGAAAGUUCAAGUGUAUUGCCAGGAACUUCGAAUAGCGAGCAUAGCGCCGGGAGUAUCAAGAACAGCAAGCAUGUAUGUGAACUUAAAUGGUUAAAUUAGGGAAUUUUAGGGAAUUUUCCAUGAAUAUUCGAGGUUUCAAAGGGCUGGAGAAUUUCUAGCAGUCCUGAGCCAAAUUCAUCAGGACCCCGAACAUUAUCAGGGGUCUUCGAAUUUCCACCCGGACCGUUUCGUGAUGCCUCCAAACCCCAAGACAUUCGUCCUGUUUGGUAGAGGAUUCCGAACUUGAGUGGGACGAGACAUUUCAAAGUCAUAGCUUGUGAUUGUCCCAAUGUCUCAACAGGGUUCUGCAGACUUCGAGACUGUACGAAGCGUGACUAAGCGCAGAUAUUUAUGUGCUUUCACCGGUGGAAGAUCGUUAGAUUGGCUGGAAAAUUGGCAUGGCCGAUGGCUUUGUAGUUUGUGAUUGUCCCAAUGUCUCAACAGGGUUCUGCUGACUUCGAGACUGUACGAAGCGUGACUAAGCGCAGAUAUUUAUGUGCUUUCACGGGUGGUAAGAUCGUGAGAUCGGCUGGAAAAUUUGAACUUAAAUUCUGACCACGUUCAGAAUCUGUUUAGAUAGGCUUUAGAACCACCCGGUAUCGGAUUGCGUCGAGCUCCAGAGAUUCUGGCGAGGGCAGUACUGGAUACGGCUCAAAGGUUAGAGCUUCCUCUGGUUGUUGAUCCACCACUGUCGGCUUUAGAAGCCGAGUUCCAAACUCGUAUUUACACAUACACAUGGACAAUUUGGAAUAAAGUCUUCACCGAG